UUCCCUAUAUAAGAUCGUCCGUCGUCGCUUCAUUUUCUAUUCGUUGUCUGGUCGGCUUCUCUCUCGCUCUCUCUGCGAGAAAACCCAAUAUCGUGGUAGACAACGUUCUUCUUCUAUCACACAUAUCCUACGGAAGCGGAGUGAAUUACAGAGCUACUCUAUUUGAACACCAGAGAGAAAGAAAGAGCAUUCGUUGAGUCAAAUUCGGGUUUGAUUGUGUAAUUCAGUUUGAAAGGAAUUGAAGAAAGAGUCCAUUUUAUCAAAUCCCUGUUUGCCUGCCACUACAUAGUGGUCACUUGGUUUCCUGUGGAUACGAGUUUGAGAUCACAAAGCAUGAGCGAUCAGUCCCGCAGUGAUCGAUCCAGACUUCCUGCAAGAAAUGUUCGCCAAGGGUGGGUACCAAGAGGAGCCGCCGCUGCCUUAGCUGUGAACCCACCUUCAGCUAUCCCACCUUCAACUAUCCCACGUUCUACUAUCAGUUCUAACCCACCUGGAAAUGGUACGCAUUCUCAUCCUAACAAUGCUCCUCCUGAUAAUAGACACAGGAUGAACAAUGCUUCCAGGGACCACACAGGACGGUCUUCAAAUACUAGGAAGGAUAGGGGGAGGAUUGAGACUCAGACUGGGAAAGUGAAGGAUGAGAAUUUGCCUCAACUUGUGCAAGAAAUCCUGGAGAAACUCGUGAAGGGUACACUUGAGUGUAUGAUUUGUUAUGAUAUGGUGCGAAGGUCUGCUCCCAUUUGGUCGUGCAAGAGCUGUUAUGCAAUUUUCCAUUUGAAUUGCAUCAAGAAAUGGGCUGGUGCACCCACUUCCGUUGAUCUUUUGGCGGAGAAAAAUCAGGGUUUCAAUUGGCGGUGCCCUGGUUGUCAAUCUGUACAGCUCAUUUCAUCAAAAGAGAUUCGGUAUGUUUGUUUCUGUGGGAAGAGACCUGACCCACCUUCUGAUUUUUAUUUGACACCUCAUUCUUGUGGAGAACCCUGUGGAAAGCAGCUUGAGAAAGAGGUUGGUGGUGAGCAUAGUGGUGAUCUUUGCCCUCAUGUUUGUGUGUUACAGUGUCAUCCAGGUCCCUGCCCUCCUUGUAAAGCAUUUGCACCUCCACGCGUUUGUCCAUGUGGGAAGAAAGUAAUUACAACAAGAUGCUCAGACCGGAAGUCUUUGAUCACUUGUGGUCAGCGUUGUGAUAAGCUUCUUGACUGCCAGCGUCACCGUUGUGAACGUGUUUGCCAUCUUGGUCCAUGCGAUCCUUGUCAGGUCCCGAUUAACGCCUCUUGUUUUUGCAAGAAAAAGGUGGAGGUGGUUCUAUGUGGAGAAAUGGCUGCGAAAGGUGAACUUAAAGCUGAAGAUGGUGCUUUUUCCUGUAAUUCAACUUGUGGAAAGACGCUGAGUUGUGGAAAUCAUGAUUGUGUAGAAACAUGUCAUUCUGGCCUUUGUGGAGAGUGUGAUUUGAUGCCUGGCAGGGUUAAGUUGUGCUGUUGUGGAAAGACUAGCUUGCAGGAGGAACGCCAAAGUUGUUUGGACCCAAUUCCUACUUGUUCACAGAUAUGUGGUAAGGCCCUUCCUUGUGGGAUGCAUCACUGUGAGGAGGUAUGCCAUGCUGGGGAUUGUCCACCCUGUAGGAUUCUUGUCACACAAAACUGUCGAUGUGGAUCAACAUCUAGGAAUGUGGAAUGCCAUAUAACAACCAAGGAAAAUGAGAAAUUUGCAUGUGAAAGAUCUUGCGGGCAGAAGAAGAGCUGUGGGAGGCACAGGUGUAGUGAGAGGUGCUGCCCUCUCUCAAAUUCUUACAAUCAUCAUUCUGGGAUUUGGGAUCCGCACUUUUGCCAGAUGGCAUGUGGCAAGAAGCUAAGAUGUGGACAGCAUUUUUGUGAAUCAUUAUGUCACAGUGGCCAUUGCCCACCUUGUCUUGAUACUAUUUUCACUGAUCUGACUUGUGCAUGUGGGAAAACUUCAAUUCCUCCUCCCCUGCCGUGUGGGACACCUACGCCGUCCUGUCAACUUCCAUGCUCGGUUCCUCAGCCUUGUGGCCACCCGUCUUCUCACAGCUGCCACUUUGGAGACUGCCCUCCUUGCUCGGUGCCUGUAGCAAAAGAGUGCAUUGGUGGACAUGUUGUUUUAAGGAACAUUCCUUGUGGUUCAAAGGAUAUUCGGUGUAACAAGCUCUGUGGAAAGACCAGGAGGUGUGGUCUCCAUGCAUGUAGCAGGACUUGUCACCUACCACCAUGUGACUCUUCCUGUGGACCUGACCCUGUGUCAAAGGCUUCUUGUGGGCAGGCAUGCGGUGCUCCUAGGAGAGAUUGCAGGCACACAUGUACUGCACCUUGUCAUCCGUCAGUUUCUUGCCCUGAUGUGGGGUGUGAGUUCCCGGUUACUAUCUCAUGUGGUUGUGGUCGGUUAACGGUAGCGGUUCCUUGUUAUGCUGGAGGUAGCAGUAGCAGUUCUAGUGCUGAUACCAUAUACGAAGCCUCCAUUGUCCAAAAGCUGCCAGUACCACUUCAACCAGUGGAAUUAAAUGGGAAGAAGGUACCACUUGGACAGAGGAAGCUUAUGUGUGAUGAUGAAUGUGCCAAAUUGGAGCGUAAAAAGGUUCUUGCUGAUGCCUUUGAUAUUACACCCGUCAACUUGGAUGCCCUUCAUUGUGGUGUGAAUUCUGUUAUGUCAGAGUUACUUGGAGAUUUGUAUAGGCGUGAUCCCAAGUGGGUGCUAUCUGUAGAGGAAAGAUGCAAGUAUUUAGUAAUGGGCAAGAGCAGAGGGACUACAAGUGGUCUUAAGGCCCAUGUUUUCUGUCCGAUGCUGAAGGAUAAGAGAGAUGCCGUGAGACUUAUAGCUGAGAGGUGGAAGGUUGCAAUUUAUUCUGCUGGCCGGGAGCCUAAGAGUUUCAUUGUGGUUCAUGCUACACCUAAAUCUAAGGCUCCACCACGAGUUAUCGGAGUUAAGGGUACCACUGCUCUGAAUGCAUUCCAUCUACCAGUUUUUGAUCCUUUGGUUGACAUGGAUCCUAGGUUUGUUGUUUCUUUUAUAGAUCUGCCAAGAGAAGCAGAUAUUAAUGCGUUAGUCCUGAGGUUUGGUGGGGAGUGUGAGCUAGUUUGGCUGAAUGACAAGAAUGCCUUGGCUGUCUUUCAUGAUCCUGCCCGAGCCGCGACUGCAAUGAGGAGACUGGAUCAUGCAUCUGUCUACUAUGGGGCUUCAGCAAUUUCUCAUAGUGUUGGAGCACUUGGGGGAUCAUCCAUUAGUAAUGUCUGGGGAGGAGCAGGGUCAACUGAGGAGAGAGGUGCCCUUACUGCAUUGAAGGGCAACUCAUGGAAGAAGGCUGUACUUCAGGAUCCUGGUAGCAGAGAAGAUUCGUCGGUUGAUGAAGAAUGGUCGAGUGGUUCUGCAGUGCAGGGUUCUGCUUGGAAGGUGAAUGAAGCUCCCAUUGCUGCCUCAAUCAACCGGUGGAGUGCGAUUGACUCUGAAACAUCUUUGAAACCAGCUGCUCCAUCUGUUAGAAUUGAGGAUCAUGCAGAACGUGUGGGAAAUCAAUCCAAGUCAAGUUUUGAAUCAAUUGCAACUAGUUCGAGUUCAGCCGGGCAACCCAAGGCAGCAGCAGAUGUCAGUGACAAUGAUCUCACUGAAGUAGUGGAUGACUGGGAGAAGGCUUAUGAAAAGGUAUUUGGUGAUGAGGAUUUGUUUAUUAAUUUCCGGAAAUCUCAUCAAAAUCCACAGGGAGUCUGUAGCUCUACUGCAUUUAUACAUUUACGCGGUAAUGGUUGGCAACUUUUUAUAUUUGAGCAGAGAUGUGCAGUACUUGUUUUUGUCGAUGUUGAACUUGAAAGAUUGCAGAAGAAGAAACUUUCUUGUUUCACAUGGAGAUUUACAGACUGUUUUCAUGCAUUUGCUGGUGGAAGCAGUGUCCUCAUCCCUUGCAGUUGCACAAUGAGUUCAGCACAGUCCCUACUCGAAGAUGAACAACAGUUAGCGAAUGCAGGACAAAAAGAGCAGAGGAAGUGGGAAUGUAUAGAUUGGAUAGACUCAAUUCCUGGUGCAUUUAAUCUUCUCUUGCUGGUCCAUUUAAUCUUCUGUGUCUUUUUCUUUUCUCUGCCAUUCUUUAUUGUCUCUCAGUUUAUUCCUCUCUCUGUUCAUCUGUUCAUGGACCCUGAAGUACCUUCAAGUCCCUCGCUUGAUGGGUUUAAGAAGCAUACACUCCUUUUGUCUUUCCAAAGCCUUGGAGUAGUUUUUGGGCGCUUGAGCACCGCUCCCUUAUAUGUCUAUGGCACGAUCCCAGUAGAAGAAUUCACAUCGUCCGAUUCUGCAUAUCAAUACUUCUCUUUUAUUUUCUGGACUCUGACUAUCAUUACCUUGCUUAAGUAUGCCAUCAUUGUACUGAGGGCCGAUGAUGAUCGAGAAGGUGGUCCAUUUGCUCUGUACUCAUUAUUGUGCAGACAUGCUAAAGUUGGUCUGCUUCCUAAUGAUAGAACUGGUAAUGAGGUUAUGCAUUAUGAGGCUGGAAGCCCUUUCAGGAUCAAGAAGGAAUCCAGGGCUAGAAGGGCAAUCAAAAACAAUAAAAGUUGUCAUUAUGUGAUGCUGUUAUUGGCACUGUUUGGUGCUUGUGUGAUGAUUGGUGAUGCAGUGCUUACCCCAGCUAUUUCUGUGUUAUCUGCUUCAUCGGGUCUUCAGCAAUCAUUAUCAGAUAUGGCAGAUAAAUUUUCCUCUUCACCAAAGGCGCAGGACCACAUCGCAGAAGACCUGAAUAAGUAUGUCGCAGUUCCGUUUGCCUGUGCCAUAUUGGUGUGCCUUUUCACACUCCAGCAGUAUGGGACCCAUAAAAUAGGCUUUGUGUUUGCUCCAAUUAUCAUCAUAUGGCUCUUAUUCAUUGGUGGAGUAGGCAUACAUAAUAUAGUGCAAUGUGAACCCAAAAUCAUGUCUGCAAUCUCCCCGGUAUAUAUGUAUAGAUUCAUCAGAAAUAUUGACAAAAGAAGUUGGAGGUCAUUGGGGAGCAUCCUUCUGUGCAUUGCAGGAUCAGAGGCUAUGUUUGCGGAUUUAGGUCAUUUCUCAAAAAAGUCAAUCCAGAUUGUGUUGGUGUCCUUGAUUUAUCCAGUUCUAAUUCUGUGCUAUGCGGGUCAAUCUGCAUUUAUUUCCAAGAACUAUGAAAAUUUUGAAGAUUUCAAUCAUCUCAGCCGAUCUAUACCUGAACUUGCACGUCAUGUCUUUGUAGUGCUAUCUCUGCUUGCUUCAGUUGUAGGAAGCCAAGCAAGUUUAACGGGAAGUUUCUCCAUCAUAAAGCAGUGUCUGGCACUUGGUUGUUUUCCCCGAGUAAAAGUUGUACAUACAUCAGAUAAACUUAAUGGCCAAGUUUAUAUUCCAGAUAUCAACUGGUUAUUAAUGGUUCUUAGUCUCGCUGUUACAAUUGGUUUCCAUGAUGCUGUCCGGAUAGGUAAUGCAGCAGGUUUGGCAAUUGUUUCUGGAAUGCUCGUAACAUCUUGUUUGAUGUCGCUCGUGAUUGCUUUAUACUGGGAGAAGAGUUGGUUGGCCUCAGCGUCCUUCUUACUCUUCUUUGGCUUGGUGGAAGCCAUUUAUCUAUCAGCAUGCAUGUUAAAUUUUCACAAAGGCGCCUGGUCUUUGGUCGUGUUUAUUGCAUUGUCCUUGACAAUCAUGCUUGCAUGGCAUUACGGAACUAUGAAGAAGUACGAGCUUGAUUUGCAAAACAAGGUAUCUACAGAAUGGCUGACAGACUAUAGUCCGGGCCUUGGGGUUGCCAGAGUACCCGGAAUCGGUUUCGUCUUUACUGAUAUAGUGACAGGAAUCCCAGCUUUCUUCUCACAUUUCAUUACAAAUCUUCCUGCAUUUCAUAAAGUGCUGAUCUUUGUCUCCUUCAAGUCUUUACCUGUCCCUCACCUGCCCCCCAGUCGACGUUAUCUUAUAGGCCGGGUUGGUGCCAAGACGUAUAAAAUCUUUCGAUGCAUUGUGAGAUACGGGUACUGUGAUCAUAUUCAGGACACAAAUGAUUUCGAGGAGCAGAUUAUUCGUUCGAUUGCAGAAUUCAUUUCCCAGGAAGAGAACGAUUUCGAAUCUCUUGUCUCCCCUGAAGGAAGAAUGCUUGUGGUUGGAAAUCCAUCGCCGGAGGGAGAUGCCAUAAUUCCUGUACAGGAUACUUGCUCAGCUGUGGGAACUACAAGCUCUGCUAACAAUGAAACUCAGAUAACUGAGAUAAGUCCAGCGGGAGAUUCAUCGGAUACUGGUUUUCCUUCGGUCAGAAGAAAGAAGAAGGUACGAUUUACAUUGCCAGCAAAUCGUCCUAAAAUGAACGUCUUCAUCAGGGAGGAGCUACAAGAACUAAUUGAUGCCAGGGAGAGUGGUACUGCAUACUUCCUAGGCCGGUCUCAUUUAACCGUUCGUCAAGGCUCGAGCUUCUUGAAGCAGUUUCUAACCAAGACCUACGUUUUCUGCAAUAACAAUUGCCGAGCGCAUCCAGUUGCAUUGAACAUCCCUCAUGCUGCUCUUGUGGAGGUUGGUAUGGUCUAUACAAUAUAAACAAUCAACAAUACACAUUUUAUACAUGGAAUGAAUGUUGUCAGAAUUUAGUCCUACAUGAUGAGUUUUUGAGGUCUGUAAAAAUGUCGGAUUGUCGGUAAAAACGACACUGUUUUAAGGUUUGUCUAAGUGUUGGUGUGGUCUAUACAUUCGUUCAAAAUGUAUGUUGCUGCAUUAGCUUUGUGA